GGGGAAUCUGCCUUUGCGCGUCUUCUGGUUUUCUUUUUCCUCAUUUUCUCUUAAUUUAUCGAAUCUCUCUUCCCCCUCUCUCUCUCUCUCCGCUCAUUCUAGGGUUAGGGUUCCGAUUCUGCAGAGAUUUGUCUCUAUUAUUUUGUCAACUCGUGCUCGUGUUUUGUCCAAACUCCAUUGAUUCAACAUUCUAUUUCAUAAGUUGAAAAAAAAAAAAAGUAAUGUAUACCUCGGAGGGAACCCCUGAUUUUGUUGCUGACCAGGGCAUGUAUUACCCUGUUGAUCCCAAUUAUGCCUAUUAUUGUACAGGUUAUGAGUCACCCGGAGAAUGGGAAAACCAUCAGAUGUUUUUUGGUGUAGAUGGUUCACAACAACUCCAGUACCAGGGUGGGCAGAAUGAAAAUUCUCCCUAUAUAUACUAUACGCCUAGUUAUGGAUAUGCACAGUCUCCUUACAAUCCAUUCAAUCCUUACAUCCCUGGCGCUGAUUCUCCUUUUGUUACUUCCCAACAAUUCUACCCUCUUCCUCCUUACCAGAAUGUCGCGUCAUCAUCCCCUGCGUUUGUUCCCUAUGCAGUUCAACCUGAUACCGUCUCCAGUAGCUCAACGAACUCUGUGGUGGAGACUGGUUCAGCAGCUAAUAGGGGUCGAUCUGACGGGAGAGGAUCCAGGAGCAGAAAUGCUUCGGCAGCAACUGAUGGAAUCCAGAGGAGUGCUCCAAAACUCCCUGCAUCUAACAGAUCCUCUGAGAAGCCAAGGCCUAACCCUGGAGGACAGAACAGACCACUAGGAACGGAGAAGAGCGAUUCCACGGGAUUUCCUACUCUCCAGGGAACAGCUACUUCUGUUAGCUCUCAACCCGAUAACGUCGUUUCCAGUAGCAGAGUCUCGUCAUCUGGACAACUAGACAUUGCUCCAACUGAACGUAGUGGUUUUUCAUCCACUGCGACAAACAAUAACAAUCCCCGUCCCAAGCUAUAUGGUGUGCAUGCAAAUAUAAGUUCAGAUGCUGUCAGUCAACAAAAUCGAGGUUCAAGAUCGAGAGGGUCGAGAAAUCAACUAGUCGUUAAAGCCUAUACAACAAAGGCUGGAAAUGCUGACGCUGAAGGAAAUAUUGUUAUCGAUCCCAAUCAGUAUAAUAAGGCAGAUCUCCAAAUCGAUUACACCAAUGCCAAGUUUUUUGUGAUUAAAUCUUAUAGUGAAGAUGAUGUUCACAAGAGCAUCAAAUACAGUGUCUGGUCAUCUACUUUGCAUGGGAACAAGAAGUUGCAGAGUGCAUAUGAAGACGCUCAGAGAAUAGCCAACGAGAAGUCUUGUGAAUGCCCAAUAUUCUUAUUCUUUUCUGUCAAUGCCAGUGGUUUGUUCUGUGGCAUGGCUGAGAUGACCGGUCCAGUUUCCUUUGACAAAGACAUGGAUUUUUGGCAGCAAGACAAGUGGAGUGGAAGCUUUCCUGUCAAAUGGCACAUCAUUAAAGAUGUUCCCAAUAGCUAUUUCAGGCAUAUCAUACUACACAACAAUGAGAAUAAGCCGGUCACUAACAGUCGAGACACACAAGAGAUAAUGCUGAAACAAGGUCUAGAGGUGCUAAAGAUAUUCAAAAGCCAUGCGGAAAGGACUUCGUUACUAGAUGAUUUCGCGUAUUACGAAAACCGCCAGAGAGUCAUGUACGAUGAGAGAAACAGGCUGCCGUACAGAAGCUUCCUUAGCCCUGUGCCAGUAACCAGACUUGAUUUCUCUGACAGAAACAAGAAAAACUCUAUGGAUGCCUUCAAGAUACCUUCAGUGACCUCUUCUGCAGAAACCAAGGAGGUUCCUUCGAAGUCAGAUGACAAUGAGGAGACCACCGUAAAGGAAGGUAGUAAAGAAGAUACUACUUUCAUUCAGAAGAUCAGCACCCUCACCAUUAAGCCAGCUGAUACAGACUCCAACCCAGCCACUGGUUCGCACCUCAACCAGAGUCAAGCGAAGUCUAAACCAGCCCCCUCUGUCUCUGACAAGAAAACAGACCCUCCUGAAGUGGUUGAUUCUCUUCUUUCUGAAGACAGUGACACUGUCAAAGUUGGAUCACUUCCCAUCAAAGUUACCGGGUCUCCUCCAAUUGUAACAGUUGGUACUAUUCCUCUGGACCCCAGUUCACUUCAGAAGAAGUAAGCCCCUGGUUUUGUUUAUUCUCUCAUCUGUUUCCUUAAAUUUGAUCCUCCCCUAAAGACUAAAAGUUAUUUCCUGCAUUAUACUCCUGCUGCAUCAUAUCUGCCAAAUGUGGUAUGAGAUGCCUCCUGUUUGUAUAGCUGAGUGUGAGUCUUCACUGGUGACUUGAGAAACCGCGGUUAGGUCAAACGCGAAAAAGGGUAUCGUUGGUUUGGGGGGGUUAGCGGUUGCGUUUUGCUUAUUUUGGAUUGACCUGAGAAUUAUUGCGUUUUGAGUAUUCUUCUGUUUUCUUAACUGUGAAAUUCCCAGUUUUACAUUUCCUUGUAUGUUGGUCGUUUUGUUUCAACUCAAAAGAGUUUUAAAAAUUGGAUAUUAAAUAUUUCUUUUUCUGG